AAACAUGUUUUAAAUGACCAUACCAAUGUUCAAAUAUCAAAAAAACUUAAAUAUCCCGAAGCUCUUCAGGAAUUAUACCGUCUUCAACCAGAAUUUAAUGGCAAAUUGGUUUAUUUUUUUUACAAGAAAACACAAUAUAUAGAAGGACUCUUGGUUUAUGAUAAAAAAGACAAAAUUUUUUACGUCUUUGAUAAGAAAACUAAUGAAAAAUUUAGUACAUUUGCUUCUUGGAUUAAGUUUCUCAAAAAUAAAAAAUUAUUUAGUGGUGAACGGUCGGCACUUACUACAAUAUUUUUUGAACCAAAUUCUUCUAGUUUUAAUUUAGCUUCAUUAUUGAGAACAAAGCAAAUUCCAUAUUGGAAAAAUUAUAAUUCAACAAGUAUUGCAGAAGUUACAUCAUUGAUAAAAACACUUAUGACUUCAAAUCAAAAGUUUUUCGGUAUAGGAAUAAGGGAAAUUAUUAAUGGAGUUGGUGUUACAUUUUUCGAAAAUGAACAAAAAUUAGAAAAGGAUCUAAUUAUUAAAUGGCAAAACGAUUUAAUUUCUUAUGAACUGUGUGUUUUAGGAAAAGGUGUUAAAGAAAUAAAUGGAAUAACAACAGGAAUUGCAAUUAAAAGAACUCUUUCAGAGAUAAAUGAAACAAUUCAUUAUGUAUCUACGGCGAAAAUUUGCAUUGGACAAAAAACUAAAGGUUUUGAACAAGUAAUUAAACUCCGGGGUAUUCAUCUGGUCAGAAAUCAAAAAAACUCUGACAAUACUCACGAACCCUUUGCAAUUUUAAAGAACCAUAACCAAUAUAAUCAAACUUAUAGAAGAAUAGACUGUUAUUUAUUAGUGACUAAAACAGAUAUAUGUGAAAAUUGUCAAAAAUUAAAGGAUACACUAAUAAAAAUCAAAAAUCGUAAUCAAAAAAAUGCUUUACCUGUUAAAGUUGUUCAUGCUUCUCAAGAAGUUUUAGCCAAAAAAAUUCAACUCCAAAGAAAGAAAAUUGCAAAUAAGAAUCAAAUUAUACAUACCUUGCGGGAUAAACUUCAACAAAAAAUAGAAGAUAAUGAAGAAAAGAUGUCAGAAGAAUUAAAUCAAGUUGCUCAAAAAAUAUCUAAUGAAGUUAUGGAAAAUAAAAUUGAUAUUUCUUCUUUUAAUCCGAUUUUUCAAGAAUUAAUUAGAAUUCAAAGCGAAAAAGUUAAUGGAGUAAGGUACCAUCCGAUGUUUAUGCGGUGGGCUAUUUCUAUAUAUAGCCGAGCAGGUCGUACAGCUUAUGAAGUAAUGAAAGGCAUCAUGCGGUUACCUUCAAUAUCUACAAUAAAAAACUACAUAAAUGAAAAUCAGCAACAUUCGGGAUGGCAAAACAAAACCGCUCACCUUAUUCUGGAAAAAAUGACUGUAGAAAAUAUUGGCAGUUAUGGUCGAAUUGGAUUUUUUUCUCAUGAUUCAUUUAAAAUACAAAAAGGUCUACUUUGGAGUCAGCGAGAUAAUUGCUAUAUUGGAUAUUUAGAUUUUGAAGAUGAAAAAGAAGAAUUGCAAUUAUUUAUAAUGCAAUGUGAAAAGGAAUUACAAGCAGAUGAUAGCAGUAAUUCAUCUGUUUUAGAAGGCUAUGAUCGAAAUUUAGCAACCCAGGUGCAUCAAGUCGUUUGGCACUCAGCUACUUGUAACUUUGCAUACCCUAUAGCAUAUUAUGGAAUUAACACUCUUACUGCUCAUGAAAUUAAUAAAAUGCUUUUUCAACUUGCGGCUAACCUUGAAUGUAUUGGUAUCCAUACUUGUGGAUCUAUUUGUGAUGGUGCUGGAGAAAAUAGAAAUCAUAUCAAAAGUUUUGACUGGUGGGCUUCUUCUUGGUCAUUAGGAGAUAUUGUUGAAGUCAAUAUUGGCAAGAACAAUUAUGAGCAAGCAAAAAUUAUAACAACAAAUAUUAAUCGUAGCAAAUUUACAUUUGUAAUUAGAGAUAAGCAAAAAACCAGCAAAAUAAACUGGAUUUCGCCACAGUGUCAGUUUGAUCUGCUCUUAUCUAUUCAAGGUUUUCUGGGAAUGGUAAAAGAAAUUUUUACCUUGUAUCCGAAUUCAACUGUUAAACCACGUAGAAUAUCACAAGAUAUGUUAGAAGGGCUAUUUGGUACAAUUCGACAGCUUGGAGGCGAUUCUUCUACACAAACAUUAAAAGGAUAUGGGCAUGCAUUAAAUAAAUUUCAGGUUACUGCAAAGAUGACUUCCGAAAUCAAAAGCUUUAAUUAUGGAGAAUCAAGUCAUAAUGGAAUGGAAUUUGAUCAUCUUACUCGUUAG